GGGCAGCGUCACGGGGGAGGGGCGGCCUCCCCAAGGCUCCGCGGCCUCCCGCGUCCCCCACCCCACCCCCGAAACCCCCGCCCGUCGCAGCGCACGGAGGCCGCGUUGCCGCCGCAGCGGGAGAAGUUAUGUUGAGGAGAAGUUUCUACUGUGCACUUCUGUGAUGCCCAAGCAGCUCAUGUAUUGAUAGUUCCUUUGUAACUCCAUGGUAAAACAUCUUCUGAAAGUAUCCAUUUGGUUACCACAUCUAGAAGUCACUUUUAAGAAAAUGUGGACUGCUAAAAGUCUUCGUAGUGCUCAAAUACCGUUGCUUCAGUUGAAAGAAGGCAGAUUGGGUACUUCCAUGAUUCCAAAAGCUCAGCAGUUCUGGAUUGGAAUUCUAAACUAUUGCACCGUAAGAGUGCCACAUAACAGAGUUAAAUUCCAGGUUUCCAAGGUAAAUGAUGAACGAUCUGUAAUAGAUACAGGAAUGACGACUACUACUGCAGAGGGAACUAAAAUAGAUGCUGGAAAAAGUCCCAGUGGAGUAUGUGAUGAAAGCCAACAUUCACUAGAAGAGCAGUGAUCUACCAGAUCAUCAAAGCAAAAGACAUUUUUGAAUCAUACUGUCUCUGAAAUAUACCAUUCUAACUUGCAAAUCAAGUCUUACCAUGAUACGUUUGCAAGAAUCAAAAGCAAUGGGAAAGUUUAUAUUCUUAUAAAACAAAAAUGAAACACAUCAAUCUGUCAUUUGCAGCUUGUGGGUUUCUGGGGAUAUACCACUUGGGGGCAGCAGCUGCUUUUUACAGGCAUGACGUGUAAGCAGUUUGCCUAUGGAUUUGCAGAGGAAGUUCGAAAAUUGGACUUUGGUGCUGUAACUCCUGGUUAUGAUUUUAUGAAAACGCUGAGGGAAGGCAUAGAGUCUAUUCUUCCUUCUAAUGCUCAUGAGAUAGCUGAGAACCGGCUCUAUGUGUCAGUCACUAACACAAAAAAUGGGGAAAAUCACUUGGUUUCGAGUUUUGCCUCCAGGGACGACCUCAUUAAGGUCCUGCUAGCAAGUAGUUUUAUACCACUAUAUGCAGGAAUUAAGCCAGUGGAAUACAAAGGAGAGAAGUGGGUUGAUGGUGGCCUCACCAAUGGCCUUCCUAUCUUGCCUGUUGGAAGAACUGUGACAGUUUCUCCUUUCAGCGGUCGAUUAGAUAUCUGUCCACAAGAUAAGGGACGUGUGGAUCUUUAUGUUAAAUUUGCAAAACAAGAUAUAAUGCUGUCUCUGGCGAACCUGGUAAGACUUAAUCAAGCUUUGUUCCCACCAAAGCAGGAGAAAAUGGAAUCAUUGUACCAAAAUGGAUUCGAUGAUGCUGUACGUUUUUUACUGAAAGAAAACUGGUUUGAAUAGAUGGUAUACAGAAAAUUAACAAAACCUGAUGGCUGUCGAAAUGGAGCUCCAGGCAUCCUACAGAAUCUGGGGGAUUGCUGUCCCAAUUCCAGUUUGUGAAAAUAAAAAUCCAAGUGGAGUUGCAUUUACAUCUUUUGGCAAAGCAUCAGUUGCACUCUGAAGACCUGUAUGAACAUGUCAGAGUGGAAUUCCACUUGGCUUGGUGGUUGUCUUGUUUUGAGGAGAAUCAAGCCUAGAUCCAUUUGGCUUCAGCUGAGGACUUGAAUGUGGGAUUUUUAAAAAUCUUUUGUUGUCAUAAUUGCAGAAAUUUGGAAAAGUCUUUUUUGAUGUUAUUUUGAGAGACAAAUCAAACUUGUACCUUAAAAAUCACAAUUUGCACUGUUCACUUAACAUAAUAGUUGUGCAUUGGACAGUUGCAUUCUAUAGUUGGAUGCUUAUGAUAUUGCUGAUCUACUAUGUAUCUUUCAGUGUUAUAAGGACUAGAACACUUAGCACUAGCCACAAGAAAUAAAACAUUUGCACUCUUUGUGUUAUUUUUUAACAUUAAAAGUUCUUGCCAUUUUCAGUGAAUGUUGUAUAUUAAAAUUUUAAAUACUAGUUGAAAUUUGUGACAGAAGUGCGAUGUUUGAAUGAAAAAAUAUAUUGUAAAGAAGGCUGUAAGAAAAUGCUAUAUUUAUUAUAUUUUCUUCAUCUGCUAAAAUUGAAAAAAUAUAUUUUCUUGAAAAUUU